GAACGCUAAACAAAAUGGCGGCUUCUGGUAUGUCACACGGAAGAAGGAAAGGAAAUAAAGUCCAGGUGGAGCGGAACUUUGAUCAGAAUUGGAGACAACCUCCAAGAUCAGGGUCUCCUAGUACAUCACAUGUGAAUGGUAACAGCUCCCACUCCUCUCUUAAAAGAGAUCCAAAUGCAAGUCCUGCAGAUCAGGAAUUUAAAAAGAAUGUAGAUUUUUUACAAAGAGAAUGGAGAAAAUUGGAAGCUGAGUUAAAGUCAAAAAAAGAUACAAUUACGCCAUACGUUGGUCGUGAUCCAGAAAAACCAGAUUCCCAGGGUGUGGAUUUAGAUGCAUUCCUUGAAAAUGUCCACCGCCUUCAGCAGCAGCAACAAUUACAAUAACAAAGGCUAAAGAUGAAGACAUGUAUCAAUGUUGCAAAUGUAAUAUUGACUUCUUUGCAACACAAAAGUUUGUUCUAAUUUCUGAGGGAGAGAAUUAUUCCAAUUAUAGCUGCUUAAACUAGCUGACUGAUAGAAUCUGUUUUCAUUUUCUCAAUUUGAAAUAGGAGCUUUGCAAUUUGUCAGAUUGUGUCACAGGACAAAUAUUUCAUAGUGGUUAUUUAUCUUGUUUUACAUGUGUAGAGUACUUAACACUUUCCAAGUCUUUAUUUCAAAAACAGAACAAGUGACUGAAGGAUACUUCAUGAAAUAUGACCAGAGUAGGCUCAGAAGAUUGGAGGUGAAAUAUGGCAUCUCUCUUGAGUACAAGAGAAAAAAAUGGAAAUCUAUCAUGAAAGCAUGUUUUAAUGUUAUUUUUCCCCGUUAUGAAGAUUUUCAAAAUCUCUCACUAUCAGAUGUGAUAAGGGCGUAUAGUCUGCAUUUUAACACACCAUCAACAAACUGCUGUUAAUAUUGAAGAUAACUACAAAGUAACAAUGUUGUUCAGAUUUUGAUAUAAAAUUUCCCAUGGGUAACCCACAAAGAAAUCUUUGAUAACUAGCUAGGAGAGUUAGAUUUUCAAUCUUAGAGGUGAGAGGGUCAUUUUGAGCAUCUCUCUUUGUUGGUGAUGAAACGUGGCUUUGAAAUAUUUGAAACUCAUCUUACACUAAUUCUUAUUUAACAGCCAUGUCAUCAUUUUGUUUUUGAAUGCAGGGAACUCUGGAUUAACAUUCUCUCUAGCCCCUUGAGGGGAUUUAAAUGUAACUUCUUCCAACGAUACCAGUACAUUAUCCUACAAAUAGGUAAUGGGAAUAGUCAAAAUGAUGAAUUAGGGUCUACUUUCAUGAUACAGCAUAGAAUAAUCUUGAACUGAGUUCUAGAGAUGAUGACAAAUUGAGGGCAAGAAGCGUGUUUUUGGCUUAUUAAUUUCCUUAGAGAAUCUCCUUGCCAGGAGAUCAUCAACUUAUCUCUUUUUGCUUGUGCUGUUUCUGAUUUCACUACAGCCAUCAGAAGAUAUUUUGGUAACUCACCAUCAUUUCUCAAAAGACUCAAAUCACGGGAUGUUAGUGUCUGCUUUCCUGAAUUUAAAAUCAUUCCAAUUUUUAACUUGAAGGUUGCCAGAAAAUUGAGCUCCCCGCUACUUCUGAGUAUUUAAGUUUAUUCCGCUAAUUAUUAUUGCUGUAAAUUAUGCAUUUUAGAUGAAAAUAAAAUUUUUAAGUUAUUUCAA